AUGUCGUUAGUUAUAAGCAAAGAAAAUUCAUCUCAAGGGGGAUAUUUUUUACCUCAUCACGCUGUGAUAAAGGGUGAUAGUCUGACCACAAAAACAAGAGUAGUUUUUGAUGGUUCUGCAAAAACCACUUCGGGAAUUUCAUUAAAUGAUGCUCUUAUGGUAGGUCCAACCAUUCAGCAAGAUUUAUUUUCGAUCGUGAUUAGAUUUCGAACGUUUCAAUUUGUUUUUACGGCUGAUAUAAAACAAAUGUAUAGGCAAAUUUCUGUUUCGCCAGAAGAUGCUUGUUUUCAAAAGAUUGUGUGGCGCAACGAUCCCAAGGAAGAAAUUCAAACCUACAAAUUAAAUACAGUAACCUUUGGGACAGCGUGUGCACUAUUUUUGGCUAGUAGAACUCUUCAUCAAUUAGCUAAUGAUGAACAAGAAUCUCACCCUAUCGCUUCAUCAAUUUUAAAAGAAGAUUUUUUUGUCGAUGACUGCUUAAGCGGAUCAAAUGACAUUCAAGAAGCUCUUUAUAUGAGAAAUGAUCUCAUUAACUUGUUGAAAAAGGGAAAUUUUGUUUUAAGAAAAUGGUCAUCAAACUGUCCAAAAUUGUUAGAGGGAUUUCCUUCAGAAGUUUCUAAUUCUCAUCUUUGUCUAGAUCCAACAGAGACAGUUAAAACUCUAGGCCUUCAUUGGAACCCUGUAACUGAUUCAUUCGGUUAUUCAAUCAAAUUGACAAAUUCAAAAUUGAGAUGUUCCAAGUGUUUCAUUUUAUCAGAAACUGCUAAGCUUUUUGACCCUUUAGGGAUAUUAGAGCCCAUUACCGUGACCGCGAAAUUAAUUAUUCAGCAACUUUGGAAGGCAAAAUUGUUCUGGGAUGAUCCAGUUCCAGAAUUGUUAACUUGCAUAAAUAAACUUAUUGCUUUUGAUAGAAAUACGUUUGAGGAACAACCUUCCAGUGAGAAAGUUGUUGAUUAA